AAAAAAACUCUCUCUCGUGACCGCCACCCCCACCCCACGGUCAAACUCCUCUCUACCACGAUCCCCUUGCCGUCACCACCACACACGCCGGCCAGUUCCAGUGAGCUCCGGCCGCGCGUAACGCGCCCUAAACCUCCCCAAGCUCCGCCCCUCCCUUCCCUCCGUCAAGAUCCAUGCCUCAAGGCCCGUGGGAGAGGAGAGAAGAGGAGAGCGACCAUAUCCAGAUCUCGUCCUGCUCCACCUCCACAGACGCGCCACCGGCCCACCAGGAGAGGAACGACCUCGCACCGGCAAAGGAUCCGCAGCAACAUCUACAAGGGCAGGGGCAGGGGACGGGGACGGAGAAUGCCGAUAGCCAAAGUAAUCUUCUCCUCCUCCAUGCUCGUGUGCCGGGAGAUGCAGAGGACUCCUCCGUGUGCUUCUUCCCGGCCUGGCUGCUCUCACCCUGCUACUGCACGCGCCAUGUAAUGGAAUGGAAUGGAAUGGAAGACAUGGACAUGAAGCUACGGCGGCGACAAAGGCGAUAUCGACAUGGGGCUGUGGCGGCCACGAUCACAUCGACAUCGACACGGGGCUACGGCAGUGGCAGCGACAUCGACGACAUUGACAACGACAUGGGGCUGUGGCGGUGGCGACGACGACGACAUCAUCACGGUGCUGCAGCGACGACGACGACAUCAUCAUCACGAUGCUGCAGCGGCGGCGAUGACGACGACAUCAACACCAUCAACACGGGCUUGUGGAGGUGCCGACAUUAACGAGGCGUAUAUUGUACAUAUAUAUAUGUGUGUGUACUAAUUAUCUAUAUUAGAUACAUAUGAUUAACUGUAUGCAUAAUAUGUACGUAUUAUCAAAUGCAUUGUAUGUGAGUACUGUCAAAUGUAUGUCUAAACUGAAAUUUGUAGAUUUUUUAUUUUUUUAAAUCCUAAUUUGUUACUAGUAGCGUGGGUGUAUCAUAGACACGCUAUUACUAUUCCGUUAGUAGUAGCGCGGGUAUGAAAUAGUAGUAGCGUGGGAAACCGGCGCUACUGGUAUAUCUAUUUAUCAGUAGCGUG